AACAUUCCUGUAUCAUGACUACUGACUGCUAGAAAAAGAUUUGGUGACUUACGACAGCAGAAACCCAUCAGAGCUCUCCGGCUCCUCUCCAUCCUCUGCCAUGGAGGACGCAAACAUCACUCACUUGGCGGCCGUGUUCGUGAACCCUCAUGGCCAGGUGCCUGUUCUGGACGCUCAUGACACCUACACAGACUUCUACGACAUGGACUAUGGCGUUCCUUCAGAGGAGAUGCCGGACACCACGCAGGGCCUGGCCUACUUCGUGGCCACCAUAGUCAUCGGAGCCGUGCUCGUCUGCAUCAUGCUGGUGUGCGGCUUUGGCAACUUCCUCUUCAUAGCCACUCUGGCCAGAUACAAGAAACUCAGGAACCUCACCAACCUGCUGAUCGCCAACCUAGCCAUCUCCGACUUCAUAGUGGCCGUGGUCUGCUGCCCUUUCUUGUUGGAUUAUUACGUGGUCAAGCAGCUAUCCUGGGAUCAUGGGAAAGUGCUGUGUGCUUCCGUCAACUACCUCAGGACUGUGUCUCUCCAUGUGUCCACCAAUGCCUUACUGGCCAUCGCUGUUGACAGGUACAUGGCCAUUGUUCAUCCCUUGAGGCCCAGAAUGAAGCCCCAGACUGCAUACUGCCUCAUAACGGGGAUGUGGAUCGUCCCAGUGCUCAUUUCCAUUCCUUCCGCUUAUUUCGCUUCCAUGACCAAAGUCCCCCAUGGAGCCAACCACAGCAAGACCUUCUGCGCCCAGAUCUGGACGGUGGACCAGCAGCUGUACUACCGUUCUUACUUUUUGUUCAUCUUCGCCGUGGAGUUCGUGGGGCCUGUGUUCAUCAUGUCCCUGUGCUACCUGCACAUCUCCAGAGAGCUCUGGUUCAAGAGCGUGCCGGGUUUCCAAACAGAGCAGAUCCGCAAACGCCUGCGCUGCCGCAGGAAGACAGUCAUGGUGCUAAUCGGCAUUCUCACGGCGUACAUCCUCUGCUGGGCUCCGUACUACGGCUUCACCAUCCUGCGCGAUUUCCACCCCACGCUCAUCUCCCGUGAUAGGAACUCUCUGGUGGCGUUCUACAUCAUCGAGUGCAUCGCCAUGAGCAACAGCAUGAUCAACACGUUCUGCUUCGUCAGUGUAAAGAACAACACUGUCAAAUAUUUAAAGAGGAUUGUUCUCCUCCGCUGGAAAUCCACCUACACCUCCAGGAAGAGCACAGACGAGACAGACAUCAAUCCCCACCUCACUGAAUGUAGAAAGGGAGCCGAGCUGACCCAUAUUACAGAUGAUUAGAGAGUACUGAUGAUGCUGCUUCUGGGCAUUGUUCUGCAGAUUAAUAUCACCUGACUGAUGUUAUGUUUUAGCACAAAUGAUCAUUUCAGUUGUUUUGCAUGAGUGUAUUA